AUGAAAAAAGUGGUUUCUCAAGAAAAUCUAAUAUCUUUGCAGUCAUACCGCACAUUUUUCGAGUCAACAAGUGAAUCAUCAACAAAUAGAAACAUGAUUUAUAAAACAAUAUCAACUCCUCUUUUUGAAAAACGAGAAAAGCGAAGCCAAUUGUCUACAAGAUCGGCAGGAAGAAUAGCAUCUCCAUCCCCAGUGACUAUUUCUAGUAAAAUUAAAAACCGGAAUAUACAUCAAGAUAUCCAAGUUACCCCAGAGCUUGCUUCUCAAGUAAUUAAACAAUUUCUCCUUCCUAUGUUUGAAGCAGAUGGCCGUAACAUAGCUGCUAAAAGCAGAUCAUCUCUAUUUGGGGUCAAUUCUAAAGAAAACUCAGAAAGAACAGCGAAAUGCAAGCUUAAAUCCUCCAUAACAAAUUCUUUUUUUUUUAAAAUAAAAAAUUAUAAAAUUAAAAUUUUUUUAUCCAUUUAAUAGGAAAAUUAGUGAUAUUAUUUCAAAACAAUUAAACAUGACUAAUAAAGAGCUUGAAAAUCUAAAAAACCGAUGAACUGAUGCAGAGCUAGAAAAAAAGCGAAUCCAAGCUGAGAUUGAUGAAGUUAAAGGAAACUUAAUAGGCAGCAUUUGCACGCUGAAUAAUCUAAAAUACCAAAUCCAAGAAACCAACAAAUCAAUGAAGUCUGAGCAGCUCAAUGCAAGCUUAGUCAAUCAACAAAUCAACGAAUAUAGGCAGCUUAAUAUCAAAAAAGAAGCAGAUCGAAUUGAAAAUAUUGAUCAACUCAAUAAAGAAAGAAUUCGAAAUAAAAUGCUUGGCGACAAAGCUAAUGAACUUCAACACUGGAACGCAGCCUUACAAAUGCAAAAUGAUAUCAUGGGAGAAAGGCUCAAAGGGCUUUAUGGAGCUUGUGAAGACUUGUGUGGCAGCGAAAAAAGCACUGAAAAAAUUGAUAAUGAACAUCAAAUUAUCAGAAAACGAUGCGACGAUUUGUUUGGUUUUUGAGUGAAAACUGAAGAAGAUGCUUUACAGACAACUAAGAGCUGCAUAGAAUUUAUAUUUCAAAAUGAUACAACUUCUACGAAAAGGCUAGGAUAUAGAGAUGAAGUCAGACGAUUAAAAAACACUAUGAAAGAAAUAUUAGGCGCUAUGGGCAAAAAAGUCUCCCAAGCCAAAGAUGAAAGAGACACAUAUGAAGAAAAAUGCUCACAAAUGGAAAAAAAGUUCAAAGAAAUAAAUGAAAGCUAUGCAAAAGUGAGGCUCCAAAUUAAAGAAAUGAACGCUAACUACUCCCAGCUCUAUGAGCGUACAAAACUUUUAGAAAAAUCCCUAUUUUUUGGGUAAAACCCACCGUCCGUUGGAGAACAAAAAAUUCUUUAAUAUCAUAAAAUCUCUUGCUAACUCUGUUUAAUUUUAAAAAAUAUUUUAAAAUUAAAUUAAUAUUGCUUCCCGAAUUGGGAUUUUUUAAAUUCCGAAGAAAAAAAAUUAAACCAUCUCCGUAAGCGAACAAAAUUUUUUUGUUUGCUCUGGAGGGGUAAGAGGAAACAGUUUGGCUUAAAUGAAGAAAAGUUAUGCAAAAAUUGCAAUAGACCUUUUUUUGAAAAGGACAAUUACAAUUGAUCUUGUCUAAGACAUGCUGGCAAAUGGAAUGGAAUGAUGUACUGGUGCUGUGGAAAUAUUAAAGAAGACACCCCUGGCUGCGUGACUUCUAAGCACGAAAGCAGAGAUGAAGACGAAGAAGAAGAAAACGAGCCCACAGAAGAAAUUGAAAAGAAAAAAUACAAUAAAAGAUGCCCGAGCUGCAGAGAAAUCGGACACUUGCCUAGCCAAUGUCCUAAAGAUCCAAAUGCUCGAAGCAAUGUAAGCCAAACAGAAGAGCUCGACCGAAUUGUAUUAGCUAAAAGAAGAAGGGACAGGAUGGGGAACAUGUCUAAUGAAGUAACCUCCAAAUUAAAAUCAAUGAACAAGCUUAACCAGCUUGGCGAAAUAAAGACUAUGAGGAGCAAUUUUGGCUUUGAAGAUAUAGAAGAGGUCAGGAUGGCAGCUGUGACCUCACCCCCUAUCAAUGUUUUUGAGAUCGCCAAAAGGAAAUCAGAAAGGUCAACUACUAUUAAACAUAGAAGACUUACAAGGACCAAUAUCAGUCUGAGCAAAGAGCUAGCUGGGAUUAUUGAUUCCAAUAAUGAACUUACCCCUAAAGGGUAUGAAUUAAACUCGUCAAGAAGAUCCAACCUUAAACUGUCACCUAUAGACACAAAGAACCCAGAAACCACUUGUGAAACAGAAAAAGGGUAUUAG